GAGACGCUGAACAUCACAGCAGAAGACCAGUGGACUUUUCUCUACCUCCAGAUUCAUACAGAGCUAUUUUACGACUUUUUACCAAGAGGAAGAAUGGGACUGCACAGUGUUGAGGAACUGGUGUCCGGUAAGAGGUCAGAGGGCAAAGAGGCCGACAACUUCCAAGGGGGCGUGUACGAGGCAGCUGUCAAUCAAGAGAAGCAGGAUGGCUGCAGGUCCCAUGAUGAGCUGGUGGGCAGGGGUCUGUCAGAGGAGAGCGACAGCGGCAGUGAACAGGAUGAAGUCAGCGUGGCAGCGCUCAAUAUGGAUAAAAGCGGCAGGCUGAAGUUGGAGACAGUAGAUGACCUGUUCAACAUCCUGCAGCUGAGGAAGAGAAGGAGAGAGAGGAAGGUUCCUCACAAGAAACAACAACAGCCAGAGCCAGAGACUGUGCCAGAGUAUGUGGAUGAGCAGCUUUUUGUGACAGCAGCCAUGGAGAACAAACUGUCAGUAGUGGAAAAGUACCUGACAGAUGGAGGGAACCCAAAUGCAGCAGACCAUUUUCAGAGAACUGCUUUGCACAAAGCCUCGUUCAAAGGACAUGUGGAUAUUAUGAAAAGACUCCUGGAGGCUGGAGCUGCCCUUGAGAAAAAAGAUAAGCUGGAGGCCACAGCAGUGCACUGGGCCUGCAGAGGAGGCAGCCUGCCCGCCCUGCAGCUCCUCCUCGACCAGGGAGCCAAAAUCACCAACAGAGACAAGCUGCACAGCACUCCUCUCCAUGUGGCUGUGAGGACGGGUCACUGUGAGUGUGCUGAACAUCUCAUCCACUGUGGCGCUGAUGUCAAUGCCAAAGACAGAGACGGAGACACGCCCAUGCAUGAUGCUGUGAGAAUCAACAGAUUCAAGAUGAUCAAACUGCUGAUGAUGUAUGGAGCAAGCCUCAACACCAAGAACUGUGAUGGAAAAACACCGAUGGAGACUCUGUAUUCAUGGCAGAACGGAGCAAAGAGCCUGCUGUGCAACUUCAGCCAGGAGAAACCAAACCAGUAGAAAUCAACACAUUCCAGUUGAAAGCAGGAAUUUGACAUGACAUUCAGACACAUUAUCUGCAGGUUUAUAACUGAAAAAGCUGUGGGAAAAGUGAAAAAAAAACCACCUUCAAUUUUUUCAUCUUCCUACAGUCAUUAGCAGAUUAAGAACCACACGCCUCACACGUUGACUCACAGCAGUCGAUGCCCUCAGGAAACAGCUGCUUUCCAGCUGACAAUAAAUCUGAUCAUGUGCCAGGCAGAGCCUUUGAUUGCCCAGAGGUGUCUUAACUGAGACAUUUAUCAUUAACCAUUAUUGUCUUGUUCAGGGAUUGAAGAUGACUACAGCAAGGCUUUCGCCUUAAGCCUUCUGGCAGGGUGUCAUUUUCUCAUGUGAAACGUUAAAGACUCAGUCACUCAUACGGAUGAUUACAUAAGAGCAGAUCUUGAUCAGCAAUGUGAAAUCUAACCAGGAUAUUAUCGCCAGUGCAAUUAUCAGCUCUAAAAGAUUGAUUUUGCCAAAUGUUGCUGGACAAUGUCUCGGCUAACGGCAUUAAGAUUUAUAUUUAUUUUUUUCUUAAUUUCUAAUUUAAGCUGAGUUAAAGUCAGCAUAGCUACAUCUAGAGGAUGAUGUAUUUAUUGAUUUAUGAAAAAUGUAUGCAAUCAGUUUAUUGGUUUUGAUGGAUUAAUUUUGACAUAAUAUGCUUAACAUUUGAGUGACUGCAUAGAGUUGUACUGUAGUUGUUUUCAGGAUGUUUUUUUAUGACUUUUAGCAAUACUUUUAUCUCAAGAGUUUGUUUUGUUUUAUUUGCUAACUAAAGGAAGCACCUGCAUUGUGUUGCUUUAGGUUUUCUAGAUGUAAAUCUGCUGGCUCACCUUUUUUCACUGUUGCAUUCAGUCAACAGUAUAAUAUUAAACCGGAGGUAUUUAUAUUCUUGUUAAUCAGGGGUGGGAGUCGUCCUCCCCUUGCUGGAAGAUGAAGUGGGCAUUUCAGGAGACAGGAUGAAGUAAGUUUUUGUGUAAGGCUGUGAAGAAUCUCCACUUCUUUUACUGAUCAAUGACUGCAGAUUUAUAUGUAUUCCAGUAAUUCUAGAAAACAGUAAAUAGCUGCAAAACAUUAAAUAUUAUCUGCUGCAGCACCAUGCAUUUUAGCUACAUACACAAGGUAUGACAUGUUUGAGUACAAACUAAUGAAAUGUUAAUUGGUGUUGGUUCUGUAAAAUGGCCAUAAUCCCAUGAACCUGGAGCUCAAUUUAAAUUUCAGGACUUAUUAAAAUUGUAGGUUUCCCUAUGAAACAAAAACUUCAACUAGCAAAAGCCAUGCCACAUUAUGACCCAUUUUGACAUCCCAUUUUUUUACAAGUGAAAUUAUUUUUGGAAAGUUGUCCCUUGUCUUUUCAUGGUCUUCUUUCAACAAACAGUUACAAAACUGUGAGAAGUGUGAAGUGUGAGAAGGAAGAAGCUGAAGAGCCACUGUUGGUUCAGAGGAUGUUUGAGAAGUUUUUGUUGGUUAAACUGGUCCUGAUAUGUGGAUGGUGAUGAAGUUUAUUUCUUAAUGUUUAAGAUGUCUGUACAUUUUGCCAUGUAUUCAUGUGUUGAAGAAAUAAAAUAUGUGUGAACUGAC